CGCUACUCAGUUGCAUUGUGGGAGAGGAAGUGCUAGUUCCCACGUUGUUGCAGCUGCGGAGAGAAGCUCCGGUAGCAUGGCUACCACCGCCGCCAAAAGAAGCAAAAAACUGGGUGACUUGAGCGUGGAUGAGUUUUUAACGUCUGGAUUUGAUUCUGAUUUGGAAGAUGAUUUGGUAGAAGAUACUCCAAAUUCUGAGGGAGAUGAGAAAAAAAUGUUGCCUUCAGAACUUGGUAGCAAAAAAAAAUCAGGAUGUACUUUGAUACCAGUGGAAAGGAAAACAAAGAAAGGUCAUGCUUCGGAGCAUAAAGACCAGCUCUCUCGACUAAAGGAACGAGAUCCGGAAUUUUAUAAGUUUCUGGAAGAAAAUGACAAGACUUUGCUCAAUUUUGAUGAUUCUGACAGUUCUGAUGAAGAGAAAAACCAUCACGUGUUGCCUGAAAAAUUAGAGGAAGCAACUGAUGAUGAAGAUGAGGAGGAAGAAGAAGAAAAAACAGCUAAGCGGAAAAAAAUGGACUUUAUCACAGUGUCAUUGAAAAUGGUGGAACACUGGAAGGAAGUUGCAGAGAAGAAACUCUCUCCUAAGAUCUUCCAUGAAAUCACUCAAGCUUUUAAAGCCUGCGUGAUCACCGCCAAAGGGGAAGCAGCCGGGCCGGAUUCUGGCAAAUUCAAAGUCACGGACAGCACAGUCUUCAACACCCUUGUCUCCUUCUGCGUCCGUGACCUCUUUGUUCUUCUGCAAAAAUUGCUUCAGGUGAAACCUGCAAAAAAUAAAUCAAAGAUAGUCUUGCCUUCCUCCAGCCCAUUGUGGGGCAAGUUACGAUUGGACAUCAAAAUGCACUUGGGCUGCACCAUUCAGCUUCUGUCGUGUUUAACCCAAACCUCAGUAACAACGGCUGUCCUCCAGCACAUCAGUGCCAUCGUGCCUUAUUAUUUGAGCUUCCCCAAACAGUGUCGCGUGCUACUUAAGCAAACGAUUCGACUCUGGAGCACGGGCGAUGAAGUUGUCAGAGUCCUAGCUUUUUUGAUACUCAACAAAAUCUGCCGGUAUAAGCAGGAAGCUUAUUUGCCUUCUGUUCUUAAGCAAAUGUACAUUUCCUAUGUCAAGAAUUCGAGAUUCACCUCUCCUAACGCUCUCCCCCUGAUCAACUUCAUGCAACGGACCCUGAUAGAGAUGUACGCUCUGGAUCAUGCAGUGUCCUACCAGCAGGCCUUCAUUUACAUCCGCCAGCUGGCCAUCCACCUGCGCGGGGCGAUGUCCGUCAAAAAGAAGGAAAACUAUCAGUCAGUUUACAACUGGCAGUACGUCCACUGCCUAUAUUUUUGGUGCCGGGCUCUGAGUACGAUGCAUCCAAAUGAAGUUAUGCAACCGCUGAUUUACCCUUUGACCCAAGUUAUCAUUGGCUGCAUUAAGCUGGUACCUACCGCUCGUUUCUACCCUCUGCGCAUGCACUGCAUUCGGGCGCUAACCCUCCUAUCGGAAAGCACGCAGACAUUCAUCCCUGUCCUGCCCUUCAUUCUGGAGAUUUUCCAGCAGGUAGAUUUCAACAAGAAACCCGGGCGAAUGAGUGCUAAGCCUGUUAACUUUGCCGUCAUCUUGAAGCUCUCCAACGCCAAUCUGCAGGAGAAAGCCUUUCGUGAUGGCCUUCUUGAACAGCUUUAUGACCUGACUUUAGAAUAUCUCCACAGCCAGUCCUACACAGUCGGUUUCCCAGAACUGGCUCUGCCCGCCAUCCUUCAGCUGAAGUCCUUUCUGAAGGAUUGCAAGAUAGCCAACUAUUGCAAAAUCGUCCGUCAGCUCUUGGAAAAACUGCAGGAGAACGCCGCCUUCAUCACCGCCAAGCGCCACAAAGCUUCCUUUGGCGUCUCGAAUCGGGAGGCGGUGGAGCAGUGGGAAAAAACCGUAAAAGCAGAAGGAACUCCUCUAAUGACUUACUAUGUGACUUGGAAGAAACUGAGAGAGAAGGAAAUACAGCUUGAAAUUACUGGCAAAGAACGGCUGGAAGAGCUAAACUUCCCAGAAAUCAAACGCAAGAAGCCAAACGAAAAGAAAGAGGAGGAUAAAAGGGAGCUUAAGGACCUCUUUGAAAUGGAGAGCAGCUCAGAGGAGGAGGCCUCCUCGGAUGUCUUCUCCCGUAAAGAGAAAGGGAAGAAGGUGGCUGCAGACCGUGCUUCCGUGAGCAGCAGUGAGGAGGAGGAGGAAGGAGAAUAUGAAGUGGAGGAAGAAGAUGACGAGAAUCAGAGCGAUUCAGACGCAGAUGAGAAGGCCGCCCCUCGACCACGGAGGAGUCGCCAGACACCGCUCACUCGGGCAGAGUUGCAACAGCUGGCACAAGGAGGAGAGGACCUGGUGGAAGACUUGGAUUUUUCCGAUGGAGACUGAUGGAUGGACGGACUUGAGGGGAAGGGGCUGCAUUGUUCCAGCUGGCCCUGAAGCCGAGUUUAGGCACUGGAGGGACGGGCCAGAAAAAUUUGUCAGCCGGCAGUGGAGCCGUAAAAAGUCUGCCACGCUGGCUGCCAAAACUGCCUCUUUAGAAUAAUGUGGGGUUCUUAAAACCAUCUCAAAAUAAAACCAUCUCAGGAAAGAAAAAACAGAGAGGCCAGCCUUCAAUGCUGCCCCUUCCUCUUCUGGAGGAUCAUCCACCACCAGCGAUGGAGAUGGCAGAGAUGAAGAUCCAACUACAGUUACAAAUCUUUUUUUUUUUUUUUUUUUUUUUAAAAAAAAGGACUUGGCUCUUUUCCUGCAAGUGACAUUAUUUAAAUUUUUUGGCCCAAACUCCCCAACAGGAAGAGCCGGACUGGGCAGCACAAUGCAUGCUUUUGAGUCCACCCCCACCCCCAAUUCCUCCCAAUUUUUAUUUCUGUACGGGAAGGGAAGUUUUGUGUUGGUUCUCGGCUUGUAAAAACAGCCUGUUGUGGAUUUCUUUCAGAGGCCUGGAUCUCUUUGCGCUGAAACUGCAGCGGGCAAAACAGCUGGAUCCUGAUGGAGAAGCGUUUUUUUCCCUGCAGCUUUCACCGCACUGUGACCCACACAGGCCUUUUUUUUUCACCCCACAUGUGGUGCCCACCAGGAACUGAGACCCACACAGAUCAGAUCUAGGAUAAGGAGUUAGCAAAUCUUACACCAUUGGUUGGGAAGGGAUCCCCAAGAUAGCCAGGAUAUCUCUUGUCAUUUGUGAGUUAGAUGAAGGAGUCUUUAUCCCAUUUAGCUUGGCUAAAGAACCAUGUUUUGUGGUUUAUGGGGAUACACCCUUGAAAUGCAAGCCCUUGCGUUUGGUCCCCAUAAAUCUUGAAAUCAUGGCUGCUCUAGCUUUUUAAAUGGGAUGGUAGGGUGAAGGCAUAAUGGCUAUUAUGCCUUGGUAGGAUUAUAUGGCUUCAGGUUGUAGGACAAAGUUGAGGUUGAGAUGUCAGAAGAACUUAGAUCAGGGUUUUUCAACCUUAACAACUUGAUGUGUGGAUUUCAAAUUCCAGAACUCUUGAGUGUUGAAACCCACACCUCUUGCUAAGGGUGAGAAACCCUGAUCUCUCCCGUCAGGUAAAACCCACCAGGUAUGUCAAGAACUGAACUCCGCUUUAGAAAGCCAAAUGGCUUUUAGAAGGCUGGACUUCAAUUCCCAGGAAAUCUGCAGCUUUUAAAACACUUGGGGAGUUGAAGCCUGCAAAUUUCAAAGGGAUGAGUGUUAGCUCCUGGAAUUCUUAGCAGUGGUAGGCUAGAGGAGUUUAAGGAUUGAGGUCCCCUUCCCUCCCUCCCACUCACCCACCCUAAUCCCAAGGUCACCAGAUGGCUGCAACUCAAUUUCCAGCUGUCUCCAGCACAUGGACUGGAGAAUUCUGGAAACUGAAGUUCACUAAUCUUGGAGACAGCUCCAUGCUGUCUCUUGUUGGUAUGUCCCAAUUUUUCUGCAUUCAGAAUUCUAGGACUUGGGAGUCUGGGAGACCAAUCCCAUGAAGUGUAAGUGGUGGGCCUCCAACUCUUUAAUUCUGUUAGGAAUUCUGGAGCUUGCAGUCCACCAAGCCAGGAGACAGGUCCGUGUCCUGUAGAUGACGGGUCCUCAAUUCUUCUGAACUAUGGGUUCAGAAUUCUGGGACUUGAUUAGGAGACCAAUCCCAUCCCAUGAAGUGUAAGUGGUGGGCCUCCAACUCUUUAAUUCUGUUAGGAAUUCUGGAGCUUGCAGUCCACCAAGCCAGGAGACAGGUCCGUGUCCUGUAGUUGACGGGUCCCCAAUUCUUCUGAACUAUGGGUUCAGAAUUUUUGGGACUUAAUUAGGAGACAAAUCCCAUGAAGUGUAAGUGGUGGGCCUCCAACUCUUUAAUUCUGUUAGGAAUUCUGGAGCUUGCAGUCCACCAAGCCAGGAGACAGGUCCGUGUCCUGUAGAUGACAGGUCCCCAAUUCUUCUGAACUAUGGGCUCAGAAUUCUGGGACUUGAUUAGGAGACCAAUCCCAAUCCCAUGAAGUGUAAGUGGUGGGCCUCCAACUCUUUAAUUCUGUUAGGAAUUCUGGAGCUUGCAGUCCAUCAAGCCAGGAGACGGGGAUUCUUCCAUCGCACAGGGCAUAGGAUAUCCUAGUUCCUGCAAUACUUGAAACCCCUAAAAAUUGAGGUCCUCUCCAGGCACCUAUCAUUCAGUCUCUGGUGUUCUCUAGCUUAUUUCUGUAUUCUGGGAAUUUCGAAGUCCAACAUAGAAUUUCUGAUUGAACUUCAGUCCCCAGAAUGCUUGGCAAUGUAGCCAGAGAAUUCUGGGAGAUAAGAUCACCCAUAUGGGGGUCUUGUUGAGGGGAUGUGGGACAUCCUUGCACAUUAGGUGUUUUGGGACUGAGGUCCACCUACUUGGGAUGCACAGAACUUGGGUUCCUUUGUGCUGUGAGAUUGCAAAUCCCCACAACACCACGGGAAUUGAAGUUCUUUAGGGCGUUUCCCCCCCCCCAAAGGGGUGCAC